AUGCCAUACUCGAUGCAGAAGCUUCUGAAGCGGAACUAUAAGGCGGUGUACGCCAGUGAGGACAUCCUAUCGCUGUACCACUCCUCUCUGCUGUAUGGCGAGGUGCCUUUCACCAGUCGCCUGCGAGCCAUGCUCACCUCGGGGCCCAUCAGCCUCCUCGUCACUGCUGCCGAGUUCAUGGCUUCCUGCGUGGGUGCAGUGUACUAUAUCAUUGGGACCAGGGAGACGGUGGCGCAGGUGGUGGCAUGGAACGCAGGGCACCUGGCCUGCGCCAGUGCGGUGACUGUAUGUGUGCUCGUGCCUGUGUGCACUGGACAUCUUCCCUCUCAUUUGCGUGCUUCGAUCCCUGUGAUUCUCGCAUACCUCAUUCACCGCAACCACGCACACACCCCAUCCCUCCGUGUCCUUCCUCCCACGUGCAGUGCGCCAGUGCGCUGGCUGUACGUGUGCUCCUACCUGGGAGUGCUCGGCAUCCUAUCUGGUGUGCUCGCUAUGACCACGUGCCCCAUUCACUCCCAACACCCAUCCCUCGUCCGCCACCCUUCCUCCCACGUGCAGUGCGCCAGUGCGCUGGCUGUACGUGUGCUCCUACCUGGGUGUGCUCGACAUCCUAUCUGGCGUUCCCGUGCUCGGUUCCCAGUGAGUCUUGUUCACAUGCGCUCGCCUCUCUCUAUCCCCUCCGAUUCUUUUCAUCCCCUACAUUUCCGCACAUCCUCUUGCAUACUCUCCAUCCUCUGUCCAUCGAUGCACUCCUCACCACCCUCUGCCGUCCUCUCCCAUUCUCUCCAUCCACUCCCACUUUCUCCAUCCCCUCCCACUUUCUCCAUCCCCUCCCAUUUUCUCCAUCAUCUUCCAUUCUCUCCAUUCUCUCCCGUUCUCUCCAUCCACUCCUCUUCCAUUCCUCUAUCGCAUGGGGAGCCUCAGCAGCAGCAAGGGAACAGGCACCCUGUUUCAAGUCGUCUACUUCUUGCAAAUCCUCAAUGCGCUUCUCUCUCUCACCGUCUCUCCCGCAAACUCAUCCCCAGGCCCUUCACCCGCCUGCACCAGCUGGGACUGGACAUCACAUCCAUCACUCAAGAGGUCAUCAACCUUAUCGUCUACCUCACCUCGCUAAAACCCUGCAGUGAAGGCAUAAGCUCCCCUCCCUCUCACUUCUCUCCUAUCUCCCUCUGUCUGCUCUCUUGUCCCUCCGCCCUCUCACGCACGGCAGUAUUCGCAGCAGCGGGCAUCUUCCUGUGGUAUUCGCAGCAGCGGGCAUCUUCCUUAUUCGCAGCAGCAGGCAUCUUCCUGUGGGUGACCUACCAGAACCCUGAGGUGCAGGAGACGGGCAGCUGUGAGCCGGUUAACUGCCUCGACUAUGCCAUGUCACUCUACUUUGUUGUUGUCACGAUAUCCACCGUGGGCUAUGGAGACAUCCUGGCGACCAACACAGCGGGGCGGAUGGUGGUGAUGUGCAUCAUCGUGGCAGCGCUCGUUAUUCUGCCUGUGCAACUCAGCAACAUCUCCAACCUCCUUGCGCACAGGCCGUACGGUGGAAGGUUCUCAGCAGCUUCCGCCACAGGCAUGCGGUUUGUGGUGCUGACGGGGCAGCUUUCCCCACUCUCCAUCCAGCAGUUCCUGGCUGAGCUCUACCACCCACUACAUGACAAAGAUUUCGCCUCCUACCCUCUCCAAACGGUCAUUCUAGCACCCUUUGAACCAUCCAUCAUUUCAGCACCGCGCUCAUCAUUUUCCCUACACUGCACCACAGCUCUCUCUCCCUCCCUCUUUAUAAACCCAAACCAUCGCAUCACCCCUCCCCGAAUCACCUCCUUCUCCCCAUCCCUUCCCAGCUUUGAGCUGCGGGCUCUGAUCACGGAAUACCACGGUGCAGUGCGGUUCAUUCAGGGCUCGCCCAUGACACUCUACGACCUGCACCGUGUGCAGAUCGCCCUCGCUUCCGCUGUCUUCAUCCUCCUCCCACCCCUCCAAUCCUCCCCCUCCUCCAGGAGCGUGAUCCCAUCAUCCUAUCAACCCCCCUGGCUAACCACCCCUGUGUCUCUCCCUGGCUUCCCUCCCUUCUCUCCCCCCUCCCUUCCCUCCCCCUCUCCCCUCCGCUUUUCUGCGCUGGACAACACUCAGACCGCGCAAGCACGUGCAAUGAGCGGCGAUGGGGAGGAGAUGGGUGAAGGGCAGGCUGCUUUUCUUUCCCCCCCGUCCCCCUCCCCACCCUUCCCUUCCCAGUCUCGUGCGCUGGACAACGCUCAGAUCGCGCAGGCCCUUGCGUUGAACCGCUACGCAGGGCAUCUAUCACGGUUCGUGCUGGAGAUGGGUAAUCCGCAGGGGGCAGCACUGCCCGUGUGGGACACUGCCUCCCACCGCAUGCACGUGCUCUGCCAUGAGAGCCUGCGCUUCAAGGUCCUGGGGUCCAGGCGGCAGCACUGCCGGUGUGGGGCACUGCCGGUGUGGGGCACUGCCACCCACCGCAUGCACGUGCUCUGCCAUGAGAGCCUGCGCUUCAAAGUGUUGGGGUCCAGGCGGGUCAACGUGGGUCCGGGUGGGUCAACGUGGGUCCAGGUGGGUCGACGUGGGUCCAGCUGCUUCAUACGAGGCCUCUCCACCCUGGUAGCCAACCUGCUGCGCUCACCUCUCCUGCUCGACUCGCCUGGCCACAAGGCAUGGCUGCCAGAGUACCACGCCGGCUGCCUGCACUCCAUCUACCCCGUGCUCCUCCCCCCCCGCCUUCCACCCCUUCCCCUUCCAAGAUCCCGCCCCGUUUUUACACCAGUGCUUUCGUGUGUGCCUCUCCCCUUCCCCUCCCCUUCCCCUUCCCCCUCUUCCCCCCCCAGCUGCUUCAUGCGGGGCCUGUCAACGUUAAUAGCCAACCUGCUGCGCUCGCCGCUCCUGCUCGACUCGCCUGGCCACAAGGCAUGGCUGCCAGAGUACCACGCCGGCUGCCUGCACUCCAUCUACCCCGUGCUCCUCCCCCCCGCCUUCCACGGGCUGUCCUUUGAGGAGGUUGCAGAGUUUGUGUACCGCUGCUUUCACGUCUGCCUCUUUGCUCUUGACGUGCUGGUGGAUCCGUGUGGGGCGCAUGGAGGGGUGGAGAGGGGUGGGGCGGGUAGGGGAGGUGUUGGAAGGGGUGGGAUGCACGCCUGUGGGGAGUGUGUGGAGUGUGUGGAGUGUGUGGAGUGUGGAGGUAGGGAGGAGGGAGACAGGCGCUCUGAGGCAGAGGCCACAGCAAAGCCACUGCAGGGAUCAAAUUCACGUGCAGUACCAACUGCAGCCCCAGGAGCAGGAGGAGGAGAAGACGGAGCAGCAGCGGGAGCAGGAGGAGGAGCAGAGGGGGCAGCAGCGGGAGCAGGAGGAGGAGCAGAGGGGGCAGCAGCAACACGAGCAGCAGGAGCAGGAGCACCCGCGGAAGCAGCCCCAAGCUUUUACGUGGGCAAAAAGGCAAGCCGACCGCCCAGGCCUCUCAAAAACCCCUUCCCCCAGUUGAGCCGCCUGCUCUCCCACCCCCAAGAGGAGCUGUACUUUCUCCUCAACCCCUCCGCUGCUGCCUCUGCUGCCCGCACGCCAGCAGCAGCAGCAAAACCAGCAAAAGCAGCAGGAGCAAGUGCAGGAGCAGCAGGGGCAGCAGCAGGCAGCAGCUCUGGCCAAGGGAAAGCGUGGAACGCGGGCAGUGGCGUGGCGAGGAGAAUAGAGCAGCAGUUACACCAGGGCCUUACGCUGAGGAGGAAGGGAGCGAGCGGAGGGAGAGGAGGGGGAGGAGCAGGGAGAGUGGGGCUGGAGUGUGGGUGCCAGCGGGGGGUGUUCCUGCUUCCAUCUCAGCACAUCAUCCGCAGCUCUGUUGACGUGGGGUUGGUGAUUGCGCCCAGCCUUGACGCUGCUGAAAGGGUUUCUGCUUUCACAGGCGGAUUGCACAGUGGGAGGAGCGAUGGUGGGGGGAGUGGGAGUGGGGGGAGUGGCAGAAUCUGGCAGUCUUGGUGGGGGGUCAGGGGGAGGAAAGGGGAGGGGGGGAAGGGGAGGGGAGGUGGAGAAACAGGGCGGUGGUUCCAGGCAUCCGCACUGGCGGCAGCACGCACCUCCAACCCCAUCUCCCGCCACCUCUCUUCCUUCCUCUUCGGGACCCGCCGUGCCGCGUCUCUGCUGCUGCCGUCCCCUGCUGCGGCUGCUGACGCGCGGUCGCUGUUUCAGAUGGUGCAGGAGGAGUGGAUGAGGAGAGGGGCGAUGGAAGGGGCAGGUGGAUGGGCUGAUCUGGCACCAACUGCUGCUGCGGUGGCUGCUGGUGCUGCUGGUGCGGGUGGCAUGAGCUUGGGAAGAGAUGUGAGUGUGACUCUGAUGCCUGAUGAUACUCAUUUCACCGACAGUCAUCUCACCACGCCCCUGCUCUCCCGAUACUGCCACCACCACCAGGUAGCAUCACCAACAUCCCCAUCAGCAGCAGGGUUAGGCACAGCGGCAGCAGCAGCACCACCACCACCAGCCGCAGCAGCAGCAGCAGCAGCAUCAAGAGGGCGCCAAGAUUCGUCACUUCAAACGAAUCCUUUUACGAGAGCAAGAGAGCCUGGCAGCAGCAGCAGCAAGAGAAAGGUAGUACGGUUCCAGGGUAUUGGGGAGGUGGAUGGGGGGGUUACAGAGCAGGGGAGAGGGGUGCACGUGGAAAGUCAGGGGUUGCUGGAUGGGGGAGGCACGACAGUAGCGAGGAGGGAAGAAUGGGAAAUGGCAUUGGAGAGAGGCAAGGCAAGAAGUGCAUUGGAAGGGGAUGUGCCACAAGGCAUUGGUGACAGCGUGUGGGACGUUGGUACGGCUGUGGAGGGUGGUGCUACUGCUGCUGAUGGUGGGAAGGUUGCUGUGUUUUCCCAGGAUAAGCCAUUCUUGCACCUGCUAUCCAAGGCUGGUGCAGAGGAGAAACGAGUGGGGAAGGGCGAAGGAAAGCGAGAGGGGACGAAGGAAGGCGAUGAAAAACAAGAAGCGGAGAAGCAAGGGGACGAGGCAGAGGGGGGGGCGAAGGAGAAGGGGGAGGAAGAGGGAGAGGAGGAGGGGGGAGGAGAGGAGGAAGAGGAAGAAGAGGAGGAAGAGGAGGAGGAGAUUGAGAGGCUGGCAGUGGAGGUGGUAGAUAGGCAUGAAGAGGCAAUACUCACACAUCUAGACUCCCACACCCUCCCUGUUGCUGACUUCGCCUUGCCUCACAUCCUCGUGUGCCUCGCUGGCAGCAGCAGAAGCCAUGGUGUUGGUGGUAGUGCUAGUGAUGGAGAGGAGGAAGGAGGUGGGGAGGGGGGGGAGGGAGGCGGCGUGGUGGCAUGGCCGGCGAAUCUGUUCUGUCUUGUGAAGCACCUCAGGAGCAGGGCACUGCCGCAACGACCCGUGCUCAUCAUGCACCCCCAUGUGCGUACACUUGUCCUCAUCACUGGCGCCCUCUUGGCCUCAUCCGAGCCGGCGUCCUCUCUCCCCCUCACUUUUGUCCCACCCUUUUUCCACCCUCCCUCCGCUCCUCCAUUACCUCACAGCACCCGAGUCGCUGAGAGUGGGCGCAGCCCAUGGCCCCUUCCCUCCCCCAUGCAUCAUCUUGAUCUGAUGCCAGCCCAUGGCCCCUUCCCUCCCCCCAUUGCCUUGCAACACCUCACACACUGCGAAUGGGCUCAGCACCCCACCCACCGCGAGUGGGCCCAAGUAGGCAUAUUCCCCGACGUUUUCUUCCUCUGCGGCUCCCCCACACACGAUCUCGACCUCAUCCGCGCCGGCGUCCUCUCCGCCGAAAAAGUCCUUGUCAUCUCCCCCGACCAAUCGCCAGGCGCCACGUCACCAUCCCUCUCCUCCUCCUCCUCAGGCCCGUCAGCAGACCUAGCAAGCGUGGUGGUCGCAGCACACGUGGAACAGUUACAAGGAGGAUGGGAAACAGACGGAGAGAGCGCAGAAGCAGCGGAGGAAGGGGGGGGGGAGAGAAGGAAGGGUGGUUUGCUGGUGGAGCUUCAGAGCGAGCAGUCAUAUCAGUACUUCCAGCCGCUGUACCUGCUGCCAGGGCGGCGGGCGGAGAGGCGAUCGUAUCUGCGGAACAGGAUGGGGGUGUACGCGUUUGCUCCUGUCUUCCAGAGCGGGCGGGCCUUCUGCAGCACCGCGCUCUCUGCUGUCUCGUGA